CAAGCUGUGUAAGGGGUGACUGGAAACACGAUAGUAGAAGGUUUCUCUCUCUAUUUGGAGGCGCAACACGGCGCUGUAUAUUACUGACACGCUGGAUUGGCCGCGUCAUUUGUAAAUUCACGCCGACAUGGCGUCGGCUUAUGGCCAACGUAACUGGCUGGAGCCGUCUUGGGAUGAUGACCAAGUAGGCACGCUUUCCUCGCUAGAGAGGCGGCAGCGCAAGGCCGCGGAGAAGCAGGACGUUCUAGCAUUUUAUAGCUCGCUAGGUUUCCUCUUCUUCAUUAUCACUGGACUUUUGUUAUGGAGCGAAAUUUAUGCAUGCGCGACAGCGCCCGCGCGUGCUCUUACUGGUGCCUUCUUGCUUGAACUAUGGAAGAGUGGCGGAAUUGCUUACGCCCAGCUUCGGAGUCUCUACACACACGUUGGGCACCUAGCAUGGACGAUAGCAGCGGUGGUCUACGGGCCUGACUUUCCAAAGAGAGGCGUCACCGUGACCGCCGUUGUAGCAAAGCUCCUCGAAAAGGGCCUAUACUAUCUUGCCUUUUUUCUGUCGGGUAUGCUCUUGUACUCCACACUCCCACGCGUGGCCCACGCACCCUUCCGCGUGGCCACCUUUAGCACCGUGGCAGCCGGCGUGCUCUUCGGCGCGCCACCGCUGUACGCGCUGGUGACGUCACACCUCUGCCGUACCUGCGGCCCGGAGCCUGUCGUACUCCUAGCCCUGCUCUUUGGCGCAGUCAUGUGUUGGGCAUCCUUGCACAUGACGAGCAGCAUCUGCGGCAUGCUGGCGGCAGGGGCAUCGCCGCACUCGUCGGCAAGGCACCGACAGGCGGCGGCACGUCGGGCCGGUGCAGCAGCGGCGCCAGCCGCUCUGGCCGGACCCGCUGCCGCCGCCGCCGCUGCUGCAGCCUCCGCUGUCGGAGGCGGGUCGGGUGGCUUUAAGCGCGGAUCUGUUGGCGCCCAACAGCCGGGUAGCAGCCGAACGUCGUCGUCCGGUCGCGGUAGCGGCAGUAGCGGCACGGCGGGAGCAGCCAGCGGCUGUGACGGCGGUGGGCCGCUGCCCGCCGGUCGGGCGCGGUCCUUUUCCAGCAUGUCUGGCACGUCCAUCUCGGGAGGUGUGUUGGGACAGUGCUUUUUGGGCGUGUUCGGGGCGGCUGGUGGGGACGCCAUCGGUGUGCAGGCCUCCGCUCGCAGCCUCAGUGGCAUAGCAGCAGCAGGAACAGCAGCAGCAGCUGGCUCCGGCGGCGGUAGCAGCAGCAAUACCUUAGACCCCUCCUCCGCGGCAUAUCCGUAUACAAGACCCGGGACGCCAGGAGGGGGCAUGGCAGCAGCAGCAGCAGGACAAUCUCUGGGCUCGCAGCUACCAUUAUCUAGCACAAUGGAUUCCUUGGGCGGCUCCGCUGCUGCCGUUUCUGGCCUUGUACGAAGCGGAUCGAGCGGAGUCAGCCUCCCCCCUGGCGCUUAUGGCGGAGGCGGCAACGCGCCUGCAGGAGCAGCAGCAGCAGCAGCGGCGACGACCAAGGGUCAUACUAACACGAAUAGCAAGCAGCAGCAGCAGCGCCAACCGUGUCCUGGGGGGACGGGAGGGACGGGCGAGGGGCUUGGGGCAUCCGGCAAGGCUAGCAAGCAGUCCUCUGCAGUGCCUUCCACGCCGCCGACUAGCAGCACUAGCGGCGUCGGCGGCGUGGGGGCGGGUAGCGGCAGUAGCAGCAGCAAACAAGGAGCCAAAUCAGCUGAUCCUUCUGUAACGUCCGCUGCUGCAGCGGCGGCGGCGGCUCCUGUCUUUAAGAAGAAGAGCGGCGGUGCCACAACCGCUCCUGCCGUCGUCGCUGCUGCACCCAGCGGCACCUCCCGUUACCCCUCAACCUCUGCGCCCGCCAGCGCUUCAGCAGCUGCAGCCGCUGCGGCUGCUGCCAAGCCUAGGAACCCCGAUGCAGGUGGGGUCAAGGCAGGCGCCGCCACCGCUGCCACCACAUGCUCCUCAGCUGCCGGUGGCAAACCUGCAGGCGCUUCCAGUGCGGCGGCUGCUAGCGGCGGCGGAGGCCUCUUUGCCCGCCUCACCGCCACCGUCACCUCCGCCGCCAGUGUCGCUCCGGUGCUCUCGGGUCGCGCUGGUAAGAAGCCUGCGACGGCCGCAGCGACAACCGCCGCAGCGGCCGCAGCAGCCGCAGCAGCAGUUCGGAAACCGCCACCGCCGCCGCCACCACCGCCCCAGCAGCCGCCACCGCAUUACAUCAUAGUUCCACCGCCCCCGCCUCCGCCGCCACGAAAGUCUCCGCCGCCGCCUCCGCCGCCACCGGCUGCAGCGGCCACAGCAGCAGCGAUGGAGCCUCCCUCGCUUCCUGCCGCCACCACCACCACCGCAGCAUCUGGGGCCCCAGCCUCGGCCUCGGCUCCCGCCUCCGCACACGCGGGUCAGCAGCCGGUUCGUAACGCCUGGUUAAACCCCAAUCCCGUUAUCAAGCAAGCCACGGGUGUGGCCAAGGGCCCAAAAGGCGCUGCCGCCAACGCGAGGCCGACCACCCCAGCCACCGCCCCCGGCUCCCGCGGGGGCUCCAGCGGCGGCGCACCCGCCGCCUCGUCCAGCCCGCCGCUGCACCAUCCGCCGCCGCCACCCCCGCCGCCGCCGCGGGGCUCCCCCGCCGGCAUCUCCGCCGGCAGUCUCACGUCCGCCGACCCGCCCAUACUGACGCCGCGAAGCUCGGGUGCUGCGACUGCUUCUCCAGUGUUUGCGGAUCCGGUGGCAUCCCCGCCGCCGCUGAGCGGCGCCGCCGCCGUCGGCGACCCCUUUGGCGCCUUCCUGCCUCCUCCGUUGCCGUUGCACCAGCAGCAUCAACCACCGCAGCAGCAUGCGUCGCAGUUCCCGAUCAGCGGCGGCGUCGGUUCCGAGCAUGUAGUGACGGUUGUAGCGGGCAGUAAUGCGGGUCUGAUGGGUCCGCUGAUCGCACACAAGCACGCGUCAGGGGAUCUGGAUAUCUCCUCCGUCGCCGCCAACUACCGUCCGUACAAUUGCACCUCCUCCGCAACCGUCACCGCCUUCACCGCUGACCCAGAUUCCGAGUCCUUUUCCUUCUUCUCCACCCCGCCGCCGGUCAUCUCCGAUGCCGGCCCAGAUGCCCUUGCCACCGGCACCGCCAACCCCGCCGCCGUUGCCAAUUCCGUUGACACAACCGACGCUGCCGUACACACCGCACAGAUGCUGUACAACGCCUACGGCGCCAGCGCCUUUGCAACCCUGCCGUCCCUCGUGGGCGACCCAGUCUGGAGCCCCGACGUCCCCACCAUGUUUGGCUGUACGGCAGGAGGCCCCGGCGCCCUGGCAGCGACCCGCGGGCCCCGAGUGCCGCCCCCAGGCUUCCCGAGCCAUGCUUACGGUGGCGCCUUCGCCACCGGGCCCCUCCCGGGCUCCGCUUGGACGCACCACCACCCGCAUCCCGCCUCCGCCGUGCCAACCGCGGCAGCAGCAGCCGCCGCGGAUGAAGUCCCCGGCGCCGACUCGUUGCCGCUGCCGACGGACAGCGGCGUGCUGGCGGCACUCGGCUUCGUGGACGACCUUAACACCCCCGGCAACAGCAACAGCACCCCCGGCGACAACAACAGCAGCAGCGGCGGGGGGGAGGACGGCGCGGGGUCCUGUGCCAUUUGCUGGUCGGCGCCUCGGCAGGUGGGGUUCCUACAUGGCAAGACCAGCCACCUGUGCGUGUGCCGGCGCUGCGCCUCGCAGUUGCGGGAGGGCGUGCACCGCUGCCCCAUGUGUCGUCAGCUCAUCGAACGCAUCAUUGACAUCUUCUAGGGUGGCAGCGCUUCUGCCCCCCUAGAAGAGGCAGUGCAGGCGGUGCUGGGCUGGCUAGGUGGGUGGCAGCAGCAGGGCGGCAGCGCCUGUGUUGUAAGCUAGUGUGCAGCUGGCGGCGGCGGCGGAGGAGGAGAAGGAGGGCUUGGAAGCAGCGGAGGACAUAGGGCUUUGGGCUUUGGGACUGGUGGUGUCGGUUUGUGCGGGGAGAGGGAACAGGCUGAAGUCAGCUGGCGGUGUAGCGUGCAAACAGCGGGAAAUGGACUCACGAAUGGGGUACGACACAUCACGUGUGACUGUGGGAUGCCGUACACCCGAAGUGGCGCGUUUUUCCAUAUGCUGGGGUAAGGCAGAGGAGCUGUUUGGGAUCCGCGCAGGGCGAAUAUAGUGGGCAGGCAGGCAGACAUAGCCGCGAAGUGCACGACGAGGGCACGACGAGGCUGGCGGCGGAGUUGGGGGUCGAGGGGCAGCGAUUGACAGCGGGUGCGUUUUUGGUCCUGCUUAGGCUAAUGGCUGAGGCAUUGGUGGUGACGCCGAGAGGCAUAAGGCCCUGGAAGGCGCGGGGCGGGGUUGCAUGUGGUUUAGGAUUUAAGUCGGAAGGCAAGCGGAGUGGCGACAUGGGGAGGGGUUGGAAACCGGGGGGGGGUCCCAGGGGUUGCGUCGUUGUCAUGGCUUCCCAAGCGGCGGUGCCCGGGACUGAAGCGGCGCUGUAAGAUCCGGCCACUUUGGUGGUAUGUCUGAAGGUGUGCAGAGCAACGGUGUAACCCCCCCAAGGUUAAGCCAACCCAGAGAGCAGACGUGCUUCCAUGCUCACUCUCGCGCACAUGCACGUAACAUUGUCGUACUCUUCACAUGUCGCUGUGUUUGCCCCCGUUGUCCGCUGUUGCUUGUCCCCCCGCUGUGCUAGUGUCGCGGGUGGUGGUGGUGGUGGUGGGUGCGAACCAGCGGCAUGGGCAUGGGGUGCAGGGAUGAGGAGGUGCCGUAUGGAGGGGGGAGGGGGCAAACGAUUGCAUGCGACGUUGCGAGUUGUUAAACGUGGGUGCACUGGUGGCACGGUGGACUGCGGGUGCUGGGCGGGUGCUUCCCGGGCCUUUCCUGAUCUUUGAUGUCGACCUGCACGUGCCGUGUUCCCGCCUCGGCAACGCAUGGUCGGUAGAUUCGCUCCAGUAGCGGCAGCAGCUGGCGCCGCCUGGCGUCGCUGAACGCCGAGGCUGGCUAGGGCGGUGGUAAUGUACGGCGGUAGUGGUGGUAAGCACUAGAGUGAUGGUAAAACCGGGCAAGAGGACUUCAAAUGUGACUCAUAUGUCUCUCAUGGCACAGGUACCGUACCCUUAUGCAGUUGCCGUUAUAUAACUAUAACUGACGUACGCGCGUUCGCUGCUGUCAUCGUUCGCUGGUGAGCGGGCAGGCUUGCAUGUUCGCUCCGCGCGCCUGUGUGCGGCUGGUCGCCCGCCGGUAACCGGCAAUGUGCUUUGUGUUGGGUUGCCGCUGUCAUACGGAGGAGGAGCUGUGUGCGUCUGUUUCCUUAUUCGGAGUAUUCUGGCGGUUGCGAUGCAGGUGCUACGUGGCGCGACACGCCGGGAAGGGGGCUUGGCAGAAGGAAGGACGUGCAAACGUUUGCAGAAACAUAGACGCGUGUGUGUGUAUUGUUGCAAGUAAAACACAAAACCUCCCACCGGCGUCGUCCCGUGUUUUGAAGCCGCCGGCACAUACUCUUCAUAUUCUUUUCCGAUGCUUUCCGCGCUUCUCACAAACGCGUGGGAAGCAUCGCUUGUUCGCUACACAUGUUCGUAGGCAAGGUUGGGUAUCGCAGGUAGAUGUCGGUACAGCACGACACUCGGUUAUGCUCUGUUGUUGUGAGUCGUGGGUGGACGGAGGGCAAACCGUGACAGGCUGGGUGGGUAUUUCAUGAGGGGAAGCGGGUAUGGAGUGGUGGUGGAUUGAGGAAUGGUGUUGGAUUGCCGUUCCUGUGUAUUGAUAUGUGGGAGAGGAGGGACCCUCAUGCACCAAGGCAACCCUCUCUCCUGAACAAUUGGUAUUCCUUAGCAGCGUUUCCAAACAUAGGGAAACCGAGUACACCCUAACUCCUUUGUUACUAAUAGCUAACGGAUUUGGCUACACGUAAGUAUACAAAAUGCGGUAGUGUGUGUGGUUUAGCCGGUUGUUGCUUGGGGUGUGUGGGCCGCUUGCGCAAGGCAAGGGACGACCCCAAUGUCGCGGGAUUGAGUUAGGUUUGAAGGAGUUAUGAAGAAGUUAUGACAGACAGAAAGGCACGAGGGAAGACAAGGGAGGGAUGUGCAAGGACUUGCCGGGCCGUAUUGGUUGGGUAGGCAGGUGGUAGUGCGCACGUGUUAGAAAUGUGUUCAUAAGAUCAUAUAUCAUGUUGAGCCUUCCCACGAACAAGGGUG